GCUGCCGCCGCCCGGGACGCCUGCCCGCCCGCCCCGUCUGGGACACCGGCUCCUGCGAGCGGUUGUUGAAAAGCUGGAUGUCAAAAUGACUGAGCGCUUUGACUGCCACCACUGCGAAGAGUCUCUCUUUGGCAAGAAGUACAUCCUGAGGGAGGAGAGCCCCUACUGCGUGGCAUGCUUUGAGGCUCUCUACGCCAGUACAUGUGAAGAAUGUGGCAAGCCCAUUGGCUGUGACUGCAAGGACUUGUCCUACAAGGACCGGCACUGGCAUGAGGCCUGUUUCCACUGCUCGCGGUGCAAGAGUUCACUGGUGGACAAGCCCUUCGCGGCCAAGGAGGACCAGCUGCUCUGCACAGACUGCUACUCCCACGAGUACUCGUCGAAGUGCCAGGAAUGCAAGAAGACCAUCAUGCCAGGUACCCGCAAAAUGGAGUAUAAGGGCAGCAGCUGGCACGAGACCUGCUUCAUGUGCCAUCGGUGCCAGCAGCCCAUUGGAACCAAGAGCUUCAUCCCUAAAGACAAUCAGAAUUUCUGUGUGCCCUGCUACGAGAAACAAUACGCUCUGCAAUGUGUUCAGUGCAACAAGCCCAUCACCACAGGGGGAGUCACUUACCGGGACCAGCCCUGGCACAAGGAGUGCUUCGUGUGCACGGCCUGCAAGAAACCGCUGUCUGGGCAGCGCUUCACGUCCCGGGAUGAGUUUGCCUACUGCCUGAGCUGCUUCUGCGACUUGUAUGCCAAGAAGUGUGCUGGGUGCACCCACCCCAUCAGCGGACUUGGUGGCACAAAGUACAUUUCCUUUGAGGAACGGCAGUGGCAUAACGAUUGCUUUAACUGCAAGAAGUGCUCGCUGUCCCUGGUGGGGCGCGGCUUCCUCACAGAGAGUGAUGACAUCCUUUGCCCCGACUGUGGAAAGGACAUCUGAAUUCAGCACCGUCUGGCCUCGCGAUGCUCACUCAUUCAUAUAUUUUCUUUUUCCACCAGGCAGUAGUAUAUCCUGGUUCCACCAGCCAUUUUGAGACUUUCCCCAUGUGCUUCUCAGUGAUAGUCACAUUUGUUUAAAUCCUUUCAUUUCUUUGUACAAACCAUUUCUUUGUAAUAAAUAGUUCUACCCCAAGGAAGAAGAAGACACUUAGAUAAAACCUAGGUGGGAAAAUUGUUUUGAAUUUUUGUAAUCAAGCAAGGCAAAUCCAAGUGUAAAAUCCUUUUGAAUGAUGUCUUUAUAAAUGUAUCUUUCUUUCACUGUGUAUUUAAUUUUUAAGUGCAAUGAAUGUCACAAACUUGAAAGUAUUCCUAACUACUUAAGGUAAUGAGCAAGUUAUAGCUGUAUAACUUUCUAUCAUGUAAGGUCUAAAGCAAGAUUAUGUGAUUUACAAUAAAGUUAUCCAGAAAAAAAAUCCUUUGCCAGGCACAGUGUGUAAAAUAAAUAAUGGUUAAACUUUGACGUCCUAAGUACAAACAACACUUUAUUGCAUGUCUGCCUCAUACCUGUGUGAAGAGCAAGUUCUGAUAGGUCAGGUCAGUUUCAAUGAAAUUGCUUCACACCUUUCAUUUAAAAGAAAUCUUUCAGUCAACACCACCACGUCUCCCUUUGUAUCUUCUCUUUGCUCCCCCUCCCAAGUUCUCUUUCUCUUGGAAUAUAGUGUUCUGCUCUUGAUGCCAUAACAUAAGCUCCAGGAAGUGAGUAGGAGAACAGGAGCUAAUUGAACAUGAAGAUGGUGUAGAGUCACUAUUCAUGGCUGAGCUCUGGCAUUCCCCACUGUCACAGACCCAUGUCUUACGAUGACCUGCCUUCUUUAACAUUAUGUGAAAGAUUGCAAAAAGAGAAGAGCACCUGAAGGACAGACAACAUACGUUCAUGUCUCAAUAUCCGAGCAAUGUAGGGCAUGUAGGAAACCUUCAGUGUUUCUGAAAAGAUAAGAAAACAGUCAAGAAAAAGAGAUGGAGAGAAUCACUGCUAUAAAAUAACACUCAGAGCUCCUAGCUUGGCAGUUGUCAGCAAAAUCAUUUUGGCACAGUAUGCAAUUGGAAAGCACAGCACCAGUUUAUAAGAUCUGACGUUGCACAUUUCUCAUUUUAGGACAACAAUAGUGACUUUUGGCCCUUAGUUUUCUAAAACCAUGCAACAUGAUCAAAUCACAGGCUGUGCAACAGAAAAAUCUGGUGGGAAUCAAGUCCUAUCUAUGCUGAGUAGAUGCAGUCAGAUUCUUAAUCUGAAUCAUAGUCAAUAUGAUAAAAUCUGACACAGGCCUUCUGGAUUUAUAGUUGGCUUGCGGCUGUGUUUAAAAAGUCUAAUUCCAAGGCACGCAGCAAGGGAGUGGGGAAGGAGCCAAAGUGGAAGGGAAGAGCACGGGGAAUAUGAUGAUGGUCACAGGUGAUACGGUGGUGGAGAACUACAGGGACUACACCUGAGGGGAGAAACCAGUUACUGUACAAAAAUGAACAAUGAUGUAAGAAACUAUAUUUAGAGAAAAAAAUAUGAAAAGCAAAAAAUAAAUAAAAAGAUUAAUUCUACCCCUUU